AUGGCGGGUCAAGGGAAUGUUACAGUGUCAGCAUUAAAGGCUAAGUUUGACACACCAAUCUCCAACAAUAAAACAGAAGGAACAGCCAAGAAAGUCACAGAUCGUAAUGCAAGAUUUAAGCCUCACAGUCCACCAGAUAAAACAAAUCAUGCCACCAUUCCAUCAUAUAAUAGAGCUAUAUCCGCAACCCUUGACAGAAAGACAAACCGAGAAGACACCCACAAAAGACUGAGUUACACCAAGACAGAUUCUGUGCAAUGUGAUAAAUCUACACUGAACGGAAACGCUCAAUCAGAAAGCAGUUCCCGACUAAGCAUGACAACUAACAAAAUCAACAUUCCUGCAGCGUUUUCCAAGGAGACACCACCAUCUUCAGUUACAUCCACCAAACAGACAGGCCGUGUUACCUAUGGUGGCAGUCGACAAGGCAGCAAAGAUUCUAAUAGUGAAAACUCCCUGGAAAAUUCCCCUAAAAAGACUUAUGGAUCUUCAGGAUCACCAAAGAAUUUAGUUACAGACAAAGGCAUUGCAAUGAGGGAGGCUAAUGAAAUCAAAAACCUUGGGGAAGGUCUGGUGAAAAAACGGGCAGAACUUCUGUUUCAAAAUAUCCAUGGAAAUUCAAGUACUACUACUAAAUCAAAACCGUCCCCACCUACCACAUCCGACCGGAGAGACUCUCUCCCAAAAGGAAUUUCGAUGACUAACAAAGGUAUUAUCAUCAGAGAGAGAGAUGGUAAAAAAUUUCAAAUGUGUAGCAAGGCUAAGUUGAACACAACACAAAAAUGUCCGUGCAAACCUAAGAAACUUGAAAGUAAUCAAUUCCAGGCUUUAUUAAAACAAUACAGAAAUGCUGUAGAGGUUUUAAGAAACUCGGGUGAACUUCAAAUUGAAGAUAGACCUGCAUCAUUAAUUCCUGAAUUAACAGCAGAAGAGGAAGCUGAACUUGAAGGUUCUGCAUCAUCUCAUAGCAGCACAAGCACAACGAACAGACCAAUGCCACCACUUCCACAUAAGCCAAAUGCUUCUAUCAAUGGUUCUGAACCUGAUCAAACUUAUGAUGAUGUAAUGAACACAAUAAAAGAUGAAGGCCCUGAUGAUGUAUAUGAUGACCUGGAGACACUUGAAUGCAAUACUGAUAACCAAGAAUUAGAAAAAAAGAAAGAGAAAGAAAAAAAAGAACAAGAAAAAGAAGAAAAGAAACGAAAAGAGCGAGAAGAAAAGGAAAGGAAAAAGCAAGAAAAAGAAGAAAAGAAGAUUCGAGCUAAGUUCAAAAUGGAUGGAACAGAAAAGGUUGUUGGUGAAGGAACAUAUACUGGAGAGUCAUGCAAGGGAGGUAAGCUUGAAUUGACCGUAAAGAAGGGAGACAGAAUCAACAUUCUACGUAUGCACAACAACCCUGCUGGAAAAUGGUUAGCCAAAACCGAAGACGGAAAAGUUGGCUACAUUGACUCUCAAUCUGUUGAAAUUUGUACAUCCAACAUUAAAAAUGUGAUGGGAGUUGCUGGAGGAUCAUAUGCAAACUUUACACCACCCUCAGGCUAUGCACCAGGUGAAGAAGAGAAUUCACCAGAUGACAUCUAUGAAGAAAUACCAAAAUGUGAUUAA